AUGCUGGGAUCUGUGUUGACCAUCUGGGCGCUGGCGUUGGCUGCCAGUGCGAAUGGGCAAAUCACGCCGCCCAACGCGCUGAAUCUGCGAAUUACACAGAACAUGACGCAUACAAUAUCUCCAACCUUGUAUCUGCACUUUCUAUCCACACCUGUGAAGCUGCUAAGUAUCGUUGGCAGAUAUGGUUACAUGUGGGAAGACAUCAACCAUAGCGGGGAUGGAGGAUUAUAUGCCGAGUUGUUGCAGAACCGCGCUUUACAGGGCGUGAUUCCCAACACUGGCGCAGCGUUGCAGGGAUGGCAGUCUAUCAACGGUGCUUUCCUGACGGUCACAGCAGGAACGAGCGGGGUCUCCAGUGCUCUGCCGAACAGUCUGCAAGUCAGCAUCCCAAAGACGGCUAAAGGUCCAAUUAGGUUCGCCAAUACUGGCUACUGGGGAAUCAACGUCCAAGCCGGCUGGACUUACACCGGUUCCCUGUAUGUCAAGUCUCCCGGCUACUGCGGGUCCGUCACAGUCGCUCUUCAGAGUGCUUCUGGCACCAUCUACGACAGUGUCACCCUCUCCAACGUCAAGGAUACCUAUCAAAAACUCACUUUCAUCUUAUCACCCACCAACUCCGCACCGGACCACAACAACCUCUUCACUGUGACUGUGGACGGCGCUGCCGCUGCGGGACAGACACUCUAUUUUGGGAUGUUCUCACUCUUCCCACCCACGUUCAGGGGAAGAGAGAAUGGUCUGAGGAUGGAUCUUGCCCAAGCGCUGUUUGACACGAGUCCGAAGCUGUGGAGGUUCCCCGGAGGGAAUAACUUGGAGGGACAGACAUGGGAGCAGAGGUGGAAGUGGAACGAAACAAUUGGUCCCUUGGAGAACCGCCCAGGCAGGGUUGGCGACUGGGGAUACCCUAAUACCGACGGUCUUGGCCUAAUGGAAUAUCUCGACUGGAUCGAAGACCUCGAGGCAGUCCCGAUCCUGGGUGUAUGGGCUGGCGUGAGCAUCGGCAACUACAGCGACCUUCCCGACUGGCCGAUCGUGCCUCAAGACCAGCUGCAGCCCUAUAUCGAUGAUGUGAUUAAUGAGAUUCACUUCAUCACAGAUCCUGAGAAUACGAGCGAAUGGGCCGCUCUUCGUGCAGAAUAUGGACAUCCAGCACCAUACAACCUGACGUACAUCGAAGUUGGGAACGAGGACCAAUUCGCACCCGAUUCUUAUCAGGCGUAUCGCUGGCAGAUGUUUGUCGAUGGGAUAAACGCCUCUUUCCCUCAUCUCAGCUUGCAGUUCCUCGCAACUUCACCGCCUUCACUUCCGCUUGAUCCGCCUUAUCUGAAGAUUGACUUCCACCAAUAUUCGACCCCCGGCUGGUUCAUCAACAACAGUUACAUGUUCGACACCUAUCCGCGGAACGGAACCCAAUGGUUCAUGGGCGAAUAUGCGGUCACGGGCACAGAGACAGGGUGUGAGCUGGGUAGCCCAAGCUGUGGUCGGCUGCUGUACCCGACGCUGGAGGGUGCUUGUGCGGAGGCAGCGUUUAUGACGGGAAUGGAGAGAAAUUCGGAUGUGGUAUUCGCUUCUGCAUAUGCACCAAGCUUACAAAAUGUCAACUCGUAUCAGUGGACACCGGACAUCAUCACGUUCAGCGCUAGAAGCGUAGCUAAGUCAGUGUCCUACUAUAACCAACAGCUUUUUGCUACUAAUCUCGGCACGCACGUCCUUGCGACCAUCCCCGAGCCUUCCCCUUCGACUGCGCCGCUAUACUGGGUGGCAUCUCACCACGCAACCAAUCAGCUCGUCUUCCUCAAGGUCGUCAACACCGGAUCAGCGGAUCUCGUUGGCAACCUUUUCUUUGACUUCCCUGUAAUUGGCGGGUUUGGUACUGCCCAGCAGCUAUCGGCGGGGCUGUAUCCUACUCCGGGCGUGUAUAACAUCAGCAACACGCUUGAGACGCCCGAUGUCAUCACCCCAGUGGCGAGCAGCUUUGGAAUUGUGGACUCGAGCGAGUUCAAUUAUACGUUCCCCCAGUCAAGCAUUACUGUUAUGACAUUUGCUGUCGACUUCUAA